AAAAUAAACCAUUCCUUUUUUAUCUGCAAAAUGCAAGGUCUAGUCUAGUACACACUCGACUUGCAAUAUACAACACGCUUGUGGCCUGAAGAACGGAAGAACUCGGACUCGAGCACCCCGAAGCGAGCCACCGCCGAUCUGCUCCUCCUGAGUCCUGACCCUCCUCCGUGCGCUGCGCAGGCAUGAGGCUCCUCCUCGUCGGCGCCCUACUCCUAUGUGCCACCGCGGCGGUGGAGUCCAAGCCGCCCCUCGACACCCUGGGCAUACCCCCGCAAGAUGAGGCGUACUACAGAGGCGGCGUGAUUAAAUGCAGGGACGGAUCAGGCAGGUUCUCCCGGGAGCAGCUCAACGACGACUUCUGCGACUGCCCCGACGGCACCGACGAGCCCGGGACAUCUGCGUGCCCUGAGGCGAAGUUCUACUGCAAGAAUGCAGGCCACACUCCAGUCACGAUCUUCUCAUCACGAGUGAAUGACGGCAUUUGUGAUUGCUGUGAUGGGAGUGAUGAAUAUGACAGCAAUAUCACCUGUAAGAACACUUGCUGGGAGGCUGGCAAAGCGGCAAGGGAGAAAUUGAAGAAGAAAGUCGCUACAUACAAAAGUGGUGUAGUUAUUCGGAAUCAGGAAGUUGAGAGGGCAAAAGAGGCUUAUGCUAAAGACGAAGCAGAGUUAGCAAAAUUGAAGGGUGAAGAGAAAAUACUCCAAGGACUUGUUGACAAACUCAAAGAGCAAAAGAGACUUAUAGAGAAGGCAGAGGAAGAAGAACGUUUAAGAAAAGAGAAGGAAGAGAAGAGAAUAAAAGAAGCUGAAAAGCAAGCUGCUGAUGAAAAGGGAACACCUGAUGCCUCUCCGGAUGUAGAUUCUAAGGAAACUCAUGACCAUGUGCAAGAAGAUGAAAACAAGGUAGCCGAAGAGCAUGAUGUACAUGCAACGGACCAUGAUAAUCAUGCAACAGACCAUGAUAAUCAUGCAGCAGAAAGCGGAGCAUCUGUUGAGCAGGGUUCUGUAAACAAAGAUGACAUUAGCGUUGAAGCUGGAACUUUAGAUGAAUUGCUGCACAAGGAGUCUGCAGUACCUACAUUAGAGAAGGAUCAUAGCUCUGACAAUCCUGAGGGUUUAUCAAGAGAAGAGUUAGGUCGCAUGGUAGCUUCACGUUGGACUGGAGAAAGUGUAAGUGAGGUUAGUAAAGAUGAUAAGAAGGGACAUGAAGAUGAGCAAGAAAUACCAGAACCUGCAAAAGAAGCACUUGAAGACGAAUUAGAAAUUCCAGAACCUGCUGAAGAAAAUUAUGAUGGUUAUCAUUCAGAAGUUGAGGAUGACAGGCAUAAAUAUGAAGAUGAAGAGUUUGAUCAUGAGUCAGAAGAUGAAUAUGUUGAUGACCAUGAUGAGCAUGUUGAGUCCUAUAAAUCUGAUGAUGACCAGAAAGAUUUAACUGAGCCAGGACAUGCAUCGUGGUUGGACAAAAUUCAGCAGACUGUACAGAAUGUUUUCCAAAAAUUCAACUUUUUUAGGACCCCUGUAGAUUUGUCAGAGGCUUCUCGUGUUCGUAAGGAGUAUGACGAUGCCAACUCAAAGCUUUCAAAAAUUCAGUCUAAGAUAUCCAAUUUAGCUGAGAAGCUAAAACAUGAUUUUGGCAAAGACAAGGAGUUCUAUUCCUUUUAUGAUCAGUGCUUUGAGACCAAGGAAGGAAAGUAUACUUACAAGGUCUGUGCAUAUAAGAAAGCAUCACAGGCUGAAGGGCACAGUUCCACCAACCUGGGGAGAUGGGACAAAUUUGAAGAAUCGUACAGAGUAAUGCACUUUUCAGGUGGAGACAAAUGCUGGAAUGGUCCUGACCGAAGCCUAAAGGUUAGGCUUAGAUGUGGGCUGAGCAAUGAGCUUAAUGACGUUGAUGAGCCUAGCAGAUGCGAGUAUGUUGCUGUAUUGUCGACGCCCGCACUCUGCGUCGAGGAGAAGCUGAAGGAGCUGCAAAACAAACUGGAUGCCAUGUCUUCGAAGCAGCCCGGGCAUGAUGAACUUUAAACGGUUCCGGCGUGGACAAAGAAAAUUUCACCAGGAAGCAUAGAUUGACAGUUACACUCAUAACCUUAAGGGUGGAAGUCAAUGGGGGCAUAUGGACAGGAAAGGGCCAAGCUGAAGAAAUGGGAAUGUAGGGUUCAGGUCGCCUACCUGGCAAUGUUAGCUGGCAUAGAGCUGUUUUUUUAGCUGAAUUUGAUUGGAUGUUGCAAUUUUUCCAGGCUCAUCCCGAGUUGUUUGGUGGAGGCGACUGCAACCGUGCUUUUCUUUGUGGUUUAACAUUGCUCUAUUUAAUUAGGGAGAGACGCUAGGCUUUUGCGUCUCCAGCUUCAUUGCCAGCCAUUACACAUUUGAUGGAAUAUAUAGUAAGAAACAGUACACUCUGAACCAUCAUAAUUUGAAGAUGCUAGUUAACCCCGGGUUGUUACAUGAUACAAGUACUUUGUUCAGCUCGGUCAUUUGGAGCAGAAGGAUUUCCCAUUUGGAACA